AUGGCAGCAACGACGACGAAGGUGUCCGACGUGAUCCACACAUACCGCCCGUCUCGCAAGUUUCCCACACCUGGCAAUCACUACACCAGCAUUGAUUUCGACGACACCGGCGAAUUCCUGCUUCUCUCACGCAGCGAUGACACGAUUCAGCUCUUCAAUACAAAAGCUGGCCAACACGCAAAGGAGCUCAAGAGCCAGAAGUAUGGCUCCGCCCUUGCGCGCUUCACCCACAACUCGACCUCGAUCGUCUACGCCAGCACAAAAGUCGACGAUGGGAUCCGCUACUUGUCCAUGCACGACAACUCGUUCAUUCGCUACUUCAAAGGCCACACUGCGCGGGUCACUAGCCUCAGCAUGAGCCCCGGCAACGAUCAGUUCUUGAGCGCAGGACUCGACAACACAGUGAAGCUGUGGGACUGCAGGAGUUCCAUGGCCCAAGGACAGCUAGACUUCGAGUCACCCUACCUCACUUCCUUCGACCCCUCCGGCUCAGUGAUCGCCAUCGCCUCACCACCCGCCCAAACCGUCCACCUCUACGACUACCGCAACUACGACAAACCCCCCUUCGCAACAUUCGACCUCCUCUCCCUCGAACAGUCCCUCUCGGCCUCCCACGGACAGAAACCAGCCCAAGGCUGGACCGGCAUGGAAUUCUCCAACAACGGAAAAUACAUCCUCCUCUCCACCAACGGACCGGGCCACUACAUCCUCGACGCCUUCAGCGGCGACAUGGUCGCGUACCUCCACCGUGCGAGCGGCUCGACACAGCGAUUAGCACCCGGUGAUGAUCUGGAGAGCGCGGGAACGGGGAGUACAUAUCUACAAAGCGACGCGACGUUUGCGCCAGACGGGCAGUUCGUCAUCGGUGGGAACGGAGGACAGGCGGGCUUGCUGGUAUGGGAUCUGAGAGAGCUCAUGACGAAUGCUCCGGACGGAGACAAGAUUUUAGAGCCGAAGUGGGAUCUUCCAUCGCAGAAGCCCGCGGCGGUGGUGGCGCAUUGCCCGCGGUUGAAUUUGAUCGCGAGCGCGGAUAGGGAUGUGCUGCUUUGGGUGCCGGAUCCGGAUGCCGCGUGA